AUGUUUAAGUAUACGCUUCGUAUAUUUGCUUUUGUUUUCAUGGCACUGUGUUGUGAAGGAACGGUGGUAAAAAUUCCAAAUAGAAAUGAGUUUACUUCAGCAGAAGAUUUAGAAAAUGAGCUACCAAUACCGUGGCAGGAUCAUGUCACAGAUUUCAUAAAUCUAGUUGAUGUCGAGAAAGUUUUGGACACUGUCCUUAAGUAUAUCGAUGACCCUGAAGUGAUGAGGUUUGUUGGAUUCUUUUUAAGCCCAAAUUUUAAAAAUAUGGUCAUGGAAUUCGAAACAAUGGAUGAGUUUAAAGAGGCUUACUUGUACUUGGCGUCUAAAGGCUACGACGUUGGAGAUGUUAUUGAUGCCGUAAACAAAUUUUUAAGUUUACCUAUGUUCGAUAAACCCGUGGAGAAUUUGAGAAGCAAAAAUGGAAAUGUUUCAAAAUUCAUAGCAGACCUUGUUGAAACAAUACCUCUGAAAGAUAUGAAAGAACUAUUAAAGAGUAAAGUGAAAAAAUACCCAGAAGUUGCGGAAUUUAUCGAAGUUAUUAAGUCAAAAGAAUUUAUUGAUAUUAUAGAAAGAAUGCUCAGCAGCCAGAAGUUCGGCGAAUUUAAGUCUAUCUUCGAAAGUUACGGCGUCGAUUUCAAUUCCCUUUGUGUAAUUAUGAAUGAAGCGAUUGGAGAUGAACAUGAACAUUUUACUUGCGGACGCACUGAGAUUGAAUAUUCGUAAUUUAGUUGAAAAUAACAGUGUUUGACGAUAUUUAAAUUACCUGAAAAUUAGGCUUUCCUUUUACUUCACUAUUCUUUUGACCGUAAAAUAAUUAGGCGACAAAAACUAAUUUUCUAACUUUAAAUUGUUCGAAACAAUUCCUCAACUAAUAGCGGUA